UUCUUGCGAUAGGCUAGCUGUCGAAACGGUGUUACGAGUCACAUUGUUUUACACAACUGUGCUAAAUUGUAAAAAAUAACACCAAUAUAUAUCGAUUACAUUGUUUGGGUAAUGGUGAUAAAACUGAGGUUACCUUCGGUCAGGUCCUUUACGCCCUAACUGUCCCAGCAGGUUUGUUUUGAGUGUGUUUCUGGGUGUGUUUUCUAUCGGCCGCGGUCAACACAGCAGCACCGUCAGCGUUAGCGCAGCAACCAAGCUAACGUUGUCAAACCCACGUAAUUCCGAUAUUUAGCUAAAUAAAAUAAGAGGGAGGCGUUAAUGAGCAGCAAUGUCUGGCAUCGCUCUUAGCAGACUGUCACAGGAGCGCAAAGCCUGGAGAAAAGACCACCCGUUUGGUUUUGUUGCUGUGCCCACUAAGAAUCCUGAUGGAACCAUGAAUCUGAUGAACUGGGAGUGUGCCAUCCCGGGAAAAAAAGGAACCCUGUGGGAGGGAGGACUCUAUAAACUCAGAAUGCUCUUCAAAGAUGACUACCCUUCCUCACCACCCAAAUGCAAGUUUGAGCCACCGAUAUUCCACCCAAAUGUCUACCCAUCCGGCACUGUUUGUCUGUCCAUCCUGGAGGAGGACAAAGACUGGAGGCCCGCCAUCACCAUCAAACAGAUCCUGUUGGGCAUCCAGGAGCUGCUGAAUGAGCCCAACAUCCAAGACCCAGCACAAGCAGAGGCUUACACAAUUUACUGUCAGAACAGGGUGGACUAUGAGAAGCGGGUAAGGGCACAGGCCAAGAAGUUUGCCCCCACAUAGAGAGGAGAGCUGGCCUCGAUCCGCCUGAGCAGCCUGAACUGAUGAGAGGUGACAAACAGGAAGCAGGCAGCCCCUGAUGGACCACUCCAAUAAGAAUCCGUUCUGAGUAUUAUCAUACUAUUACACAAGAGAGCCUGUUUUUUCUUUUUUUCCUUUCUUUAUGAAACAACAAAAGUUCAAUAAGAUCGUUAUUUUACCUUUUUUCAAGAAAUAUUUAUGCAUUUUCGAUGCAUAGCUGAUCAUCCUAGACCUUCUGCUAUUUGUAACUCUUGUAUAAUCCAUAUCUCCAGUUUUAUUAUGAGUGCUUCUGAAGCCACUCAUGCCUCCAUUAAUUCUGUAUGUAUCAACAAAGUCGUAGAAAUGAGAUGUCCAAACCACUCUGUGUGUAGUUCAGUCGGCUUGGGAAGAGGAGGAUAUUUAGUUUAUGCUUAAACUUCCAUUUUUUUUUAAUAAACCCCAUAAGUAUUGUAGAUAGUGUUUCAUGAUUGUGGACAUAAACUGGGACAAAACAGACAGACGUACAAAGAAAGUCGAUCGUCCCUUGUUUCGUUCCCAUCACACGUCCCUAACAUGGGAGUUCCCUGAAAAGAAAAGAAUAUGUGUCACAUUCAGGUAAAAGACAAUCCUGGCACUGAUAUUUUGGCUGAAGGCUAAACCGUGGCUGUGAUGUUGGUGUUUCUCUGUCCAUCUCGGAGAAGGAAGCGUUGCAGGAAGGUCAGGGUUUUACUUUCAAACAUCUUUUAUUGCAGUGGAGCGAAGAUAAACUUAGUGUUAGUCAGAUUCUUUUUGUGAAUCCAACUGGGAGCGAAACUAUUUGUCCUUUCCAGUGUUGAACUUCAUGCACGGUCGACACCAGUUUGUCAUCUGAUUCCCACAACUGCUUUACUGUAUGAGCUAGAGGAGAAUUUGCAUUACAAAAAAAAGGAGCAAAAAAUGUUGCUGUGUGUGGUCAUUUUGGCGCUUGAUCGGUUAGAAAUAGAAUCACUUUCGGUUAUUUUUUCCCACAAUGCUCACAAAAUGAAUACAAAUCUGUAUAAAUAAAAAAAAAUUAAAAAGCUAUUAAAUCUUAAAGCAAACCGAAGCUGAAGGAUCCUCAUUGGAAUGGCCUCUCAACCAGCAAGAAGACAGAUGAAAGUGCACUUGAGAGUAAGCGAAGGCCUGAGAUUUUUUUGCCUCUAAAUAUAUGAGUGCAUGUACAUAAUAUAAAUAAGGAAAAAUUGUGGAAGUUA